UUCUCUUGGGUAUCUUAUUUAAAGAUGAUAGGCUACUACCAACAUGCUUCUUUCCAAUUUAGAUGAUGCUUUAUGAUACUUCAAUGAAAAGAUUCAGAAGACAGAGGGCAGACUUAGCCACCAAGAGGAAAAGAUAUCAUCCUAUUAGCUACCCCAGAGUGACAUAGAAACAGUACAAAAUGAGGGUAUUUGUCCCUAGAAAGGCUUUCAUCAAGACCACUCGGUUCUAGGCAACUAAAGAAACAACACAGAAUGGAGCACCGGAACUCCACCCUGGGAAGCGGCUUCACAUUGAUGGGGAUUCUGAAUGACAGUGGGUAUCCUGAGCUGCUCUGUGCCAUGAUCUCAGUCCUGUACGUGUUGGCCAUGACCAGCAAUGGCCUGCUGCUCCUGGUCAUCACAGUGGAUGCCCGGCUCCAUGUGCCCAUGUACCUCUUGCUAGGGCAGCUCUCCCUCAUGGAUCUCCUCUUCACAUCUGUUGUCACUCCCAAGGCCAUCGUGGAUUUCAUGCUCAGUGACAACACCAUCUCCUUUGGAGGAUGUGCCCUUCAGAUGUUCCUGGCACUGACACUGGGUGGUGCAGAGGACCUCCUACUGGCCUUCAUGGCCUAUGACAGGUAUGUGGCCAUUUGUCAUCCUCUGAACUACAUGGUCCUCAUGAGGCCGAGGGUCUGCUGGCUCAUGGUGGCCAUAUCCUGGGUCCUGGCAUCCCUGAGUGCCCUUGUAUAUACCGUGUAUACCAUGCACUAUCCCUUCUGCAAAGCCCGGGAGAUCAGGCACCUGCUCUGUGAGAUACCACCACUGCUGAAGUUGGCCUGUGCAGAAACCACUAGCUAUGAACUCAUGGUGUAUGUGAUGGGUGUGACCUUCCUGAUGCCCCCUCUUUCUGCUAUCCUUGCCUCCUACACACUAAUCCUAUACACUGUGCUCCGCAUGCCCUCAAAUGAAGGGAGGCAGAAAGCCCUGGUCACCUGCUCUUCCCACCUGACUGUGGUCGGCAUGUUCUAUGGAGCUGCCACGUUCAUGUACGUCCUGCCCAGUUCCCUCCACAGCCCCAAGCAGGACAACAUCAUCUCUGUCUUCUACACGAUUGUCACGCCAGCCCUGAACCCCCUCAUCUAUAGCCUGAGGAAUAAGGAGGUCAUGGGGGCCUUGAGGAGGGUCCUGGGAGAAUACUUACUGUGGACACCCUCCUGACACAGUUACCAUGUAGACAUUGUAGGGGACUAAGUUUCAAUCUCAAUAUCAUGUAGCGGCAGUACUGAUACAGCUUGUAAGAGACUGAGCAAAGUUCAGUAGCCUUUUAACAGCAGAUGAGGACUGCUUUCAUUUGAACAAGAUUCUUAGAUGGUUAUAGAGAGAAGUAUCCUCAGAAGAUAUAGUGGGCUUCUUGUCUGUUAGACAGAUGGUUGUUCAAGCAAUUGGUAAGAAUAACUGAUUUGUGACUGCAUUGGUACUGCAGACUUAAGGAGCAGUUUGCAUUGAUUACACAAAUAAAGGCAUAUACCUCUUCUGGGAUAGUGGAAAAGGCUAUAAAAGGGGCAUUUUUAUACUGCCUGAAAUUAAAAUAUAGAAACCAAUAGAAUAGAAUGUGGAAGUUCCCAGAUUUCAAGUGAGAAUUAGAGAUACAAUAGCAGUGGGAGUCAUGUGUUGUGUACAUUGCUUGACUUUUUAAAAAAUGUGAUUUACAUAUAUAGAGACCUGUUUUGAAACUUCAAAACAGUUGUGAGGUUUGUAUAUGUACAAGUCUGUGUCCACAGGAAAGGAGGGAUACAAUUUAUAAUUCAUUUUUCUAGCUAGCUUGAAUAUGCUUUAUUUGUAUCCUUUGAUUUAUCAAUGUGGCAAGAUUUAUAAGAAAAGCUGAGCACUUAGAUCUGUUUAGUUAAGAAGCUCCAAAACACCCUGGCUCACAUAGUUGGAAUUUUUUUCUGAGGAUAGUGCUUUGUAAAAGCUCAGAAAUUCUUUCUUUGUGGAAACUGUCUUAAAUGACUUAAUCUAUUAAGAUCAACCGUAAUAUAAAAGCUAAAGCUAACCUGUGGAACUAAUCCAAGUUCAUUAUAAAAACAGAAAAUUCAGAAGUUGAGAAAGAAGCAAAAAUCACCUAUUAAGUUUUCCUUUCAUUUUUUGGGGUGUCCAUAUGUUUUACUGAAUAGUUAUGUACAUGUUGGUUAAAGUCCUGCUUUUUUGUCAUUUAAAAUUUGGUGAACUUUCUUUCUUGUGUAGAAGGGACGUUUUUGUGUUUUUCAGUAGAGGGAGAGGGGCAGGGAGUGAGGGGGCCAGAGUGCUGAGUGUGAUGUCUGCUCCCCCUUUAUCAUUUGUGCAUCUCUGGACACUAAAUCUAACCAUUUGUGCCUCGGUUUGCUCAUCUGAAAGGUGGUGAUAAUAUUAAGACUCAUGAUGAUCUCAUGAUGUUUUGAGGAGAAUCAAGUAAGAUGAUUAGGCACUUAGACCAGAGCCUGGCAGAUAGUGCUUUACCAUGCUAGCUGUUAUAUGAAUAACUAGUAAAUAGUCUUGAAAAACAUUCAAUUUGAUCAUAUGACUAUGUAAUAUCAUCAUAUGAGUCCUCUGUAAUGUAUUCUGGGAUUUGCUUACGUUUUAUU